UGUAGAUCGUACCGUGAAAUUCUUACUUACAAGCCCAAUGAACAAUGCCGUUUUCAGAAAAUAUAGUUAAGAAAAUAUUUACAAAAUAAACUAAUCCAGACUUCCUGGAGUGCCCUGUAAACGUGAAGGACAUUGAGGUGACAAAAAUCAGUGCGGUCAAUCGAAUCUCCUAUGCAGAAGCGAUGAACAGAAUUGAGAAAACAAGUGAUGCUAGUGAAGAUGUGGUAGUGGACGCAUCACAGUCUGUAGUAAAUGUUUGCUGCCAGCCAAAAUAUAGCCUGUGCGUUAAAAAGUCGGAUUUUGUGACGUUCAUUUCCACAGUUAUAAACUGUGCGGCACAAGUUUUAAAGAAGUAAAAGAAACUUGGACAUUAUUGUGUUUGCAGCAGAAAGUUUUGGGGAUUAAAGGAUCUUAUUUCUGAAGACCCGCCCUCCCAGGUUCCCCGUGAGCCUGUGUAUGGAUCAUAUGUUUUAUUUUGUUAACAGAAAAGUUGUUUGAUUUAGUUUAUUUUUUGUUCUUUUUUUUGGUUCCAUUUUGGGGAAUCCUGUUUCCAUCCCGCACAGCAGGUUGCCGGAUGCACAUUAAAUUGUGCGAUCGUCAAUAUACCAUAGAAGAAAUCCAUUCCACAGAUAGAACAAUGAGACAGAUAUUUCACCAGAUGUAUAAAUGUACAGCAUCCGCUUGGCGUUCAAACUCACUACCAAAUAUGGUAGUGAGAGGAAGCCCAGUGGCCGGUAGUGGUAGAAGACGGUAGAAGAUUUUGGUCGACAUUCUGCACAUUUUCUCAUCGAUUAAACAUUUUUAUCUCAAUACAGUUUUCUCUUCCCAAAACUAGAAUAUGUUAUAAACAGAGUGGGCUGCAUUUUGUAGACGUUAACCUUUGCCAAAGUUAUAACAAAUCGCAUUGUUUAGAAGGAACGCAAAGGCGAAUUUAGUUAUUGCACACGCGCACUUCACAGAGUAGGCGUUCCCUAACGUGAAUAUGCAGAUAUCUGCUAGAACGGACGAAUAGGAUCUCAUCUCAACAUGACUUAUUUGUUUCCAUUGCAAACGACAGGCUGUGGUCUAUCUUGGUUUAGUUAUACAUUUUUUUGUCAUUUGGGAGCGUUCGACCGGGUUACAAAAUGUGAUUUCACGGAAACGAGUGACGUUUGGAAAACACGUGACUGAAAGAAACGAAUAAAUUACUAGUAUUCACUGCACGGCCAGGCUGUUUAUGUGUUUACAUGUCAAUUUUUCUCUUCUGCUUUUACGCACAGGAGAAAUAUCACGUUCUUUGAAAGGGAUUCAUCAAGGAAGGCAUGUCUUCAGAACAUUGACCAACAAUGGACCAGCCCUCUAUAGAAUUGUUUAAAAGGUUUUAGGAAUAAAAAGAUAUGAAACGUUUCCUUCUAACUAUUUAUUUGAUGUUGCAGUGUUUUUAUGCACUGUGUACCCUCCCUGCUCCAGUCAAUGUUACCAUCGAUUCUCUCAACUUCCACCAUGUUCUCCGCUGGAUCCCUGGGCCAGGCACACCACCCAGGACCAUGUAUAAGAUCUUUCGCAGAGAAAACAACAUUACCCUACAGCUACUACAUCAAACCAACAUGACAAAUCAGAAGCUGGAUCUGAAGCACCACAAAGAAGAACACAGAUUGUGUGUUCAGGCUUCCCACAACCUCUUAGAGUCGCCCUUGGCCGGGAUCACCUUCACCCCUUUCACACAGACUGUUAUUGGUCCUCCAAUAUUGUCUUUGGAUGGAUGUGGCAAUUGCCUGGUAAUCAACAUCACACUGCCUGAGAUGAGAACCAUUCAAAAAGUCUAUGGGAGCACUGUAUCCUUUCAGAUCGACUGGAAGAGAGCAGGAGAGACUCAGUUCAAAGAGACCCGUACAAGUCAUUUAAGUUAUAUGCUGGAGAACUUGAAGGUGGGUGCAGAGUACUGUGUGAGGGUGCAUACGAAGAUCACCACCAACAAGAAAACACAGCUUUCUGAGUGGAAGUGUGCUCACACCAGUAUUGUGGAGCCUAACAGAGUGCACCUUGGACAGGGGUCUAACCAUGACUUGUCGCCCCCCCCCCCAGUCCCUGCUGUUGUAGCCGGGGUGUCGGUUCUCCUCAUUGUGAGUGGAGCAGGCCUGAUGGUUCUCAUGUUUGUCCUGUUCUACACUGGGUUCCUGUGCAAGUUAAAGACCCGCCUGCCUAGAUCACUGACUGCCCUGGUUGAGGGCUACCUAGUCAUCCCAGAGAGAACAGUUCCUGACCUGGUCUCUAUAUCCUCUGAGCCAGAAAAACAAGGAAAGGCCCUCACAUCAAAAGCACACCACAACAGAGAGAACUCAAACCGAGCAGGGGAGGAAGAGGAGGAGGAGGAUGAAGAGGAGGAGGGAAACGGUGCGGUCUACAUGGACCGUGACGCGGGGCUCUCCUUUGAUAGCAGCUCCAGCACCACACAGUCCCAGGAUGCAUCAGGGGCCAAUGUUGCCCUUCUUAACGGAGCAGGGCUUUCUGGGGGGUUGAGUUUUGAGGCAGCUGCUGAGGAGGAAGAGGAAGCUCCUGUGGUUGUGGUGGUGCUUGAAGGUCAGGGUCAGAGAGAAGUCAAAGGUGAACUAGCGAAGAUCAUUUCCAGUCUAGACCGAGACCAACCCAGACCUCUGGGACUUGUAGGGUUGGGUGGAGAGGAGGAGAAAGAGAUGAGGGAGGUGGAGGAGGAGGAAGAGAAAGAGAUGAGGGGUGAGACCUCUGGUAAUGUCAAUCUGUUCUCUGUGACUCUGGGGGCUUUAAAGAGGGAGGAGGAGGAGCAUGAGAAUGAGACAGAUGUUUUAUUAGGCUGUUCCAAACAGGAGCAGAAGCCUCUACUUCCCAUAGGCUCCUUACAGAGGACAUUAGGACUAGACAGCAUGGGAUCACAGGGUGAAGAGGAGGAGGUGGGAAAUGAUUACUACAUGGACUGCGCCCCCAAGCUCUCCUCUAAAAGCAGCGCCGGCACCAUACAGUCCCAGGAUGCAUCAGGGGCCAAUGUGGCCCUUAACACAGUAGGGCAUUCUGGGGGGUUGAGUUUUGAGGCAGCUGCUGAGAAGGAAGAGGAAGCUCCUGUGGGUGUGGUGGUGCUUGUAGGUCAGGGUCAGAGCGAGGUCAAAGGUGAACUAGUGAAGGUCAUUUCCAGUCUAGACGGAGACCAACCCAGACCUCUGGGACUUGUAGGGUUGGGUGGAGAGGAGGAGAAAGAGAGGGAGGAGACCACUGUUAAUAUCAAUCUGUUCUCUGUGACCCUGGAGGCUUUAAAGAGGGAGGAUGAGAAUGAGACGGAUGUUUUAUUAGGCUGUUCCAAACAGGAGCAGGAGCCUCUACUUUCCAUAGACUCCUUACAGAGGACAUUAGGACUAGACAGCAUGGGAUCACAGGGUGAGAUACAGGAAGAUACAGGCCGAGUACUGACACCGCCACAGACAGACUGCACACACAAAUACUCUGAAUAUUCAGAUAGACAUGCUGUCAGCUGUACAAAGACAUACUCUGACUGCCUGGUAACGCACACAGGCACUGUGCAGUCUCACAAUGAGACAGAGGAGGAGGAAGACUUCUCAGGCUAUAUGGGACAUUGAUGCGUGCGUGCCGUUUAGGCCUACAGUGUAAGUGUCUUAGCCGAUAAUUGCACAGAUAUUCCACUUGGUUGAAUAUGUCUUCUAUCACGUGCAUUCCUUCCCAAAUGUUGUCUUCUGUUGAGAAAUGUGUAUGUAAAACAGAGGUAUUCACACUUUCCCGAUCCUCACCCCAAAACUAAUGACAGCCUAAACAUGUCUCUAAGUGUUAUCAGGAUUCUGUUCAUUCAGAUACAUUUGAUUUUUUGAAAUGAUCUUUCUCAAAAACGUUUGUAUAUUGUCCCAUGUACUAUUAAUUUGUAUUUUUUGUUUGUUAUUUGGCGACAUUAAUGCAGUUCCACCCACCCCGACUUUGAAUACCACUGAUGUGUGUCAGUUUCAUUUAUUGUAAUGUACGUGCAAUUUCAUGAAAGAAGAAUUGGAGCUCAAUAAUCAAAUCGUGAUCCGGUUUUUGUGUGGAAUGUGUGUCUUUUAGGCUAUUGUUUCCAAAAGUUAUUCUGUGGGAAAUUCCUUGAUACGUCGUGAUUUAUAUGUCGCGUUAAAGUACACUGCUAUCUAAAAAAAAACGAAUUGCUUAGUGUGAAACAAUGUCCCCCAGGUAAAGCCAAUCUGUUCGUAUAAAGAUCUGUGGUUGGUUGCUCAACAUUGUCGUCAUUUCCAGUAGCAGGGUUGUUAUGCCGCGUUCACAACAACUGGGAACUCGGGAAAAAUACGAGGUCAAAUUACGUCGUCGUUGAUCUUCAGGUGGGAAAGUCUGAUCUCUAGAAAGAGAUCCCGAUCCCGUUCCCGAUUUGGAAUUCCGAGUUGGAUGACCGUUAAAUAAUUUUCCCAGCCGUAACUCGUUUUUUAACGCAUGUAAGUCGGAUAUUUCCGAUUUCCCAGUUGUUUUGAACGCGGCAAAAACCUUCGAAUUUCUUCAAGCUGGCAGCAGUUGCGGAAAGCACCCCAAUUGUGGCAGAGGACUGGCUCUUGUUUAACGUUCUGUUGCCAACCAGGCAGAAAUGUGAACAUCUCAUAUCGGUAGCUAUGCUUUAUUGUUAUUGCAUUAUGCUUGUAGUUAUCAAAUGAUAUAUACAGUUUGGCCUUGGCUUUGUUAGCGAGAAGCUAACGGAAUCAUGGCAUUAGUGGAACCGACAGCGAACGUUAGCUAACUGUUGUUUUGCUAGCGGUUAUCGUGUUUUGUUCUUACUAUCUCAGUUGCACGCUUGUUUUGGUAAUGUCGAUGUAACUAGUUGGCAGGGGUGUAAAAAUACUUUAAGUACUACUUAUUUGCUUUACUAUUUAUAUUUUUGACAACUUUUACUUCACUACAUUCCUAAAGAAAAUUAUGUAAUUUUUACUCCAUACAUUUAACCAUAACACCCAAAAGUGCAUGUUACAUUUUGAAUGCUUAGCAGGACAGGAAAAUGGUCCAAUUCACGCACUUAAUCAAGCGAACAUCUCUGGUCCUCCCGCCUGCCUCUGAUCUGGCGGACUCACUAAACACAUGCUUCGUUUGUAAAUUAUGUGCGAGUGUUCCCCUGACUAUCCGUAAAUAAAAUAAAAAACUACAUUUUA